AUGAAUGUUUCCGAUGAUUUAAUUUGGGAUAUUAUUAAUCAUGGCUUUUGUGCUACUAAGAUUAAGACUAAAGUGGGACAAACGUUUGACAGGGAUCCCUAUAAUGUUACUGGGCUAUUUACUAGGCAAUCAUGCCCGUUGGCCAACUCCAAGUAUGCCACUGUAAGGGAAUAUGGCGAUAAAGGUAGGUUAUACCUAUGCAUAAAAACUCCGGAAAGGGCACAUACCCCGGCUAAAAUGUGGCAAAGAAUACGUCUCUCCAACAACUACUCAAAAGCCCUUAAACAGAUCGAUGAGCAUUUAAUGUAUUGGAAUAAGUUCUUCUUACAUCGUUGUAAACAGAGAUAUGUGAAAUUAUCUCAAAUUAAACUGGUAGAGAGAAGACAGUUGAAGUUACAGAUGAAUGGAGAACAGAAGAGACUAGUUGGCAUUGCGCCAAAGGUCAAAAGACGUGAGAUGAAUAGGGAAAGAAAGGCAUUAGUGGCAGCUAAGAUUGAGGAAAGUAUCUCUAAAGAGCUUUUGAACCGUUUAAAAAGUGGCGCUUAUUCUAAUGCUGAUAAAACUCUGACACCUCUUAAUGUUGAUGAAAAUAUAUGGAAUAAGAUCAUGGGUAAACUUGGGGAGGAAGACAUGGAAGGCGUCUCUGCAGAUGAAGAAGAGGAAGAAAGUGAUGUUGAAAGAGAGAUCGAAUACAUUGAAGAUACUGAAGAAGAGGAAGAAGUUGAUUUGGAUAACUUAGAAAAAUGGUUGGAAGACAAAUCCGAUCACUCAGACAAAGACGAAGAUGACUCAGAUUUCUCGUCAACUGACGAUGAAGGAGAUGAUGAUGAGAGCUACCAAAGGAAAUUGAAGGAUAUCAAAAAGAAAAGUAUUGAAGUUGAGCUUGAAUUCGAAAAUGAGAAUGAACAACAGCAAUCAACUGUCUCCAACUAA